AUGGAGACGAAGAGAAAGCGGCGUGGACGGACCUUUCGUAUUAGAUGCCACCGAGGGAAAAACUCCUCGAAUUUAUCGAGAGGUGAAAUAAUUACUGACGCGCAUUGGAAAGAUUUUGUUGUUUGGCUGAAAAGCAAUGGUUUUCCUAAAACAAAGUUAACUCUUGGAAAUUUUCAAGGGAUUGGAAGAGGUUUACUGGUCACCAAAAAGAUCAAGGCAGGCGAAGUGAUCAUAUCGGUACCCAAGAAAUUCUUGUUAACAAGAGAAAUGGUCAUCCCCGAAUUAGAUAACAUUUUUUCGAAACAUGGAUGUUCUUUGAAACAUAAUGACAAUAUUUCUGCAUAUCAAGCAAUCGCUUUAUAUUUGGCUUUACAGAAACAUCAACAAAAGAGAAAAAAUAGUUGCGACAGUUUUUUUUUGCCAUAUUUGAAAUUAUUACCUGAAGAUUUUUGUUCUCUUCCAUUUUUCUUUGAUGAUAAUCUGUUUGAAUUAUUGCCCAAGAUUGUGAAAGACGAUGUCAAAAGACAAAGACAAAAAUUUGAACAUGAUUAUGAUAAUGUCAAAUGUUAUCUUAAGUUAGUAAAUAUUUCACGUCCAGAAUUUAUAUGGGGCUGGUUUUGUGUAAAUACACGCUGUAUCUACCUAAAGACAAAUAAACCCUCUCGUUCACUUGAUAACAUAGCGGUUGCGCCAAUGUUAGAUUUCUUGAACCAUAAUUAUAAGGCAAAGAUCAAGGGUGAAUAUAAUAAUUCCUCUAAUUGCUAUGAAAUCACUACAUUUACACCAUACCAAAAAGGAGAGCAAGCAUUUAUAAAUUAUGGUCCACAUGACAAUUUUUUCACAUUAAUUGAAUACGGAUUCGUACUUUCAAAUAAUCCGUAUAAUUACGUUUCUGUGGAUAAUGAAUUUUCAAUGUUGUCAAUACCGAACGAGACCAUUGCAUCAAAAGCGGAGAAAAUCAAUCUUUUAUCGAGUCAAGGAUUUCUUGAAGAUUAUACAUUACGAUUUUCAGAAAUUUCAUUCCGAUUAUUAGCCGCAUUGCGGUUUCGAGUAAUUCAAAACCAUCAACUUUCUUUUGCUUGGGAUGAUACAUCAUUUCCUUCUAAAGAAAGGCAGCAACAACAUCGACGGUAUAAGCAGACAAUAAUGAAGGAAUGGAAAAGUCUUGUUAAUGGACAAAUGGAACAUGUUGAUCCAGAGAACGAACAAUUAGUAAAAGUGUGUUUAACGUGGAUCUGCGAUCAUGUAAUCAAAGAUGCUAAGGAUGCUUUGAUGAUUUUGGAAAAAUGCGAUCUCAACGAUUCGUCUAUUUGGCAUAUAAAACAAAUCUGGCAAGAGACUAUUGGAAUUGUGAAAUCGGUG